UUAACAUGGAUCUUCUAUGAUAUAUUAAUAUUUAAUUCAACCAUGGAUUUUUCUAUGCUUUUUAUUAAGCGAGUCGCGGUUGUCGACUGCUGACUCCCUGUUCCAGAGUUGUUAAAAGUUCAUAGUUCAUAGUUCAUACUCCAAUACAAUAUGUUUUUAUUUACUAUUUACUAAAACGGUUCUGAAACCGUUAUUGAUUUAUGUCGUACGUCAGUGUUUUGAUUUGCUUAUUCAACAUAUAUUAAGCUAAAUAUCUGGGGUAGUAAUAAUUAUUUAUAAUCGUAAAGUUUACAAUUCUUACUGUUGAUUCGCCGACCUGUGAAUGGUCUCCAGUAUGGGUUACAGCCGGAAUCCAAUAUCGUCAUCGAGAGAUCGUAGACGUGGGCGGGAUAGACGAAGUCGAAGUCCGAUACGUCGUCGAGGUGGUGGUCGAGGAGGUAGAGGUGAUCCUGGCUCUAACUUACGUAAACCUCGAUGGGAAACAAAAAAACUUGAACCAUUCAAAAAAGAUUUCUAUUUGCCGCAUGAAGCUGUCCAUAAUAGAUCAAAAUCAGAUAUAGAAAAAUACAGAGAAGAGAAAGAAAUAACGUUAGUUGGUGAGAAUAUUCCAAAACCAAUAUUUAAGUUUGAUGAAAGUGGCUUUCCUGAAAUCAUAAUCAAGGAAUUAAAGAAACAAGGUUUUGUUGAACCUACUGCUAUACAAGCACAAGGAUGGCCAAUAGCUUUGUCCGGUAAUAAUUUAGUUGGUAUUGCGUCUACUGGUUCUGGAAAAACACUAUCGUAUAUUGUUCCUGCUUUAAUACAUAUUUCUCAUCAACGCAAAUUGGCACGUGGUGAUGGACCUAUUGUAUUAGUAUUGUCUCCAACUCGAGAAUUAGCCCAACAAAUACAAACUGUUUGUGACGAUUUCGGUGAUGCAUUUGGAGUUAGUAGUACUUGCUUAUUUGGUGGUGCGCCUAAAGGUGGUCAGGCAUCUGACUUAAGUCGUGGAGUUGAAUUAGUUAUUGCUACACCGGGUCGUUUAUUAGAUUUUCUUGAAAGUGAACGUACAAAUAUGUGUCGAUGCACAUACCUUGUUUUGGAUGAAGCUGAUAGAAUGUUGGAUAUGGGGUUUGAACCACAGAUUCGAAAAAUCAUUGAUCAAAUAAGACCGGAUAGACAAGUAUUAAUGUGGUCAGCAACAUGGCCCAAAGAAGUGAAGAAUUUGGCAGAAGAAUUUUUAGAUGAAUAUAUACAAAUAAAUAUUGGUUCCUUAACAUUGGCAGCUAACCAUAAUAUCCAACAAAUUGUUGAAGUCUGUCAGGAAUAUGAUAAAGAAACAAAGUUAAUAUCUCUUUUAAAGAAAAUAAUGGAUGAAGAUGAAAAUAAAACUAUUGUUUUCAUAGAAACUAAGCGGCGGGUGGAUGAAAUAACAAGAAAGAUUAAAAGACAUGGAUAUUCAGCUGUAUGUAUUCAUGGUGAUAAAUCACAAUAUGAGAGAGACAAUGUUUUGAAAGAUUUCAGAGAUAGUCGUUACCCUAUAUUGGUUGCUACAGAUGUGGCUGCUCGUGGACUUGAUGUGGAAGAUGUGAAGUUUGUAAUCAAUUUUGACUACCCAAAUAAUUCUGAAGACUAUGUACAUCGCAUUGGUCGUACUGGUCGAUCUCACAAGACGGGUACAGCUUACACAUUCUUUACACAGUCAAAUGCCAAACAAGCUGCAGAUUUGGUUUCAGUUCUCACAGAAGCCAAUCAGACUAUAAGUCCUAAACUAAAAGACAUAGCUGACAACUGGCGUUCAAAUGGAUUUUCAGGAAGAGGUGAUAGACGACGUGGAUGGAGAAGUGGUAGAUCCAAAAAAUCUAAGAGCCGUUCAAGGAGCCGUGAUCGUUAUAAACGUAGAUCAAUUUCUAGAUCUAGGUCUAGAUCAUACUCUAGGUCAAGAAGCCGUAGUCGUUCACGAUCAUAUGAUAGACAUCGGAGACAUAGGCGUAGCAGGUUAACAAAUUUCUAAUAAUGCAAUCCUAGUUGAGUUGUCAAAAUAACUUCCAAACUUUGUAUGUAAUGAAAUAGUUUUCAGAAUAUUUGUAAGUAAAAAAAAAAAAUUGUAUUAUUGGUUCCCUUAUAUUAUAUUCAGCUAUAUUAUAAAAACAUCACUUUAAAAUAAAUUUUUUAAAUAAAGAUUCUUACAUCUAUUGAAUAUGACUUCCAAUUUUUUAUUUUUUUUGUUGUUGUUGUAACUUGUAAGUGUUAUUUUCAAUAAAUUAACAUACAUUUUAAACACAUGUAAAAUGUAUAAACAUUAAAUAUAAAGAAUAAAUAAAUAGUUCUUAAUUUUAGACCUAUUGUAUUCAAUAUUGUGCUUAAUAUCUUAGUAUAUAGCAAUGCAAUUAGAGUAUUCCGGUAUUUUGUAUAAUUUUGAAGUCUGUGGACAGUUUAUAAAAUAUAUCAACUUCUGAUGAAAACUGUAUGAUUACUUGUAGUUGUAAUAUUGAGUUAUUUUUUCUUCAUCUAUAAUGUAGAUUAAUUUAAAUAAUCUGAACAAUUUCCAAAUCAGUUGAAACAAAAAAGUUGUUCAUUGAACAAAUCACUAGUCUAAAAUGUAUAGUACAAUAGUCUUGAGGUAUGAAGGUGCUUCGGAACUUGACAGCUACCAUCUAAAUAUUAUGUAGUUCUAUGGGGGCGUUAUCUAUGGUGUCCUCUUUCAAGUUUCUCUUGACCAGUGGUUCCCGUUGCUUCCAUGGGUGAAUGUUAUUUUUGUAAAUGUAAAUAACUAAACACAUCGUAAUUCGGAACAGAAGUGGCAUUCUAAUUAUAUGUGUGAGGCACACUAUUUGAUACUUUGUACAGAUCGUCCUGUGUUUGUUAAGAAAAUUCAUUUUUUUUAAAUGUAUGUAUAUGUGGUAUAAAUAAAAUGUAUCUUUCUAUACGAAAGUCAAUUAAAAGUAUAUUUAGACCAUUGUUCACACUUAUAAUAAUGAGUUACAUGCUUGCAAAUAUCAUAAAAAUUGCUAACCUAGAGACAAAUACAAUGUUUCUUAAAGUUUAUAAAAGGCAAACUCUCUCUUAUACUAAAAGUACCUAAUUAACACAGGGAUGAUUCGGUUAAAAUUACUUGUGGGUAGUAGAAAACAAAUAGCGCGCAGACAUUCUCUUAAGACAUAAAGCCGUAUCUAUCAUGGACUACACUAGUAAAUUUAACUCAAAAUGUCGAGGCUAAUUUUUUUUUUUAGCGGUGUGGGGGAAUUAAAUAUUGAUAUUAUAAGGAACUUCCAAACUAAUGAUUCAUGGUCAAAUCUAUGUAAUAUUUCUGAAAUUGAUGAUUUUAGUUUAGAAAACAUGUUUAAAUUUUAUAAAUUUAAUCUCAAAUAAUGAACUGUUGUUAGUUUUAAAGUUAGCCUUAGCACAAAUUAUUUUGUGCUGAGGAGUGAGGACCAGCUGCUGUCGCAGUGUCGCUUGUGGUUGACACUUGACAGGAUGUUUGACUUUGUUGUUGUUCUGUGUUAUCACCAUAUUCUUACACAGAGUUACUCUAUGAGAUAUUUAAUAAUAUUGCACAAUAAUUGUGAUAACAGAAUCAGGCGACGGGCAGUAUUUACUAUACUGUAUUUAUAUUAGUAUUUUUUAGUAUUUUACAAUUGCGAUUCGCAAGUCAAAAAUCAAAAAUUAAAACGAAGUUUGUUCAAAUUCAACUAUUAAUAAUGUCACAGUCACACCGGACUUAUGUCAAAAUCGCU